AUGGAGUCUGCGUUGACAGAAACCGGCGGGUUGGCAGAAGCCAGGUUGGGCUUCCAACGGAGAUGCGAGGAACAGCUGCGAGCCAUUCGUGGGGUGAGCUUGGGUGGAACCUGCGAAGCAAGCGGACAGAUGAGCGCGGAGCAGACACAACGGUUUUACGACGGGGCGCUCGCCGGCUUCGGAAAAAUUGCCGAGAAGAGCGUUAAUGAAGCCAGCAACAGUAGCCUUAAGCGGACGUUCCAGCAAUACCAAGAUUUCUUAGCGCGGAACGCCUUCGGAGUCACGGUUGAGACAGCCACGGCCGCUGACGUAGGGGCCUUCAUUAUGGGGGAUUGGAUUCCCAAUCACAGGGCCGGAUGUAGGACCAAGCUGCCGGGGACGGGGGAGACCAGUCCGUCAGCGUCUGCUGUGACCCACGUGGUAAAGGACUUAUCGAAGUCCUACUCUCUCCUCGGUUUCGAAGGGCGGAAUAAUCCUGCUAAAGCCGAAGUGGUGAAGUCAUUCCGCGUGGGCUACGAGAAACUGUUGCACGAACAGGGGGUGAGGGUGCAGCGUGCUAAAGUCUUUACAGAGGCGAAGCUGGACGCGCUGCUGGCGCACCUUGCGCGACUGAUCCAGGCGAGUUCCCCUGGGCUAGAGAGGUGCGUCAUGCUGACAGACCAGGCUGCAGUGUUAUACCUUUGGGAGCCGCUUGCCCGCGGAAAGGAGUGCGGACAGCUGCAGCGUCGGCAAGUGGAAUUGGAAGAGCAGGCGGCUUACCCGGGUUGGAGCAAGACAGUCCGGCAGGAGCCCAGCGCGCGGAUUCCGCUGGCGGUGCCGGAAUCUCAGAUCCGGCUAACCUUUGUGGAGGCUGCCGAGGCGCUGCUGUUCGGUAUGGAAGAAGGAGGGCAUCCGGUUGGAGGGGAUGGGUUCCUGUUCCGGGCCAUGAACAGGAGCCGGACCGGCUUCGUUAACGAGCCAAUGAGCAGCGACACUCUGAGGAAGAGACUGCAGAAGCGACUCAAGGAAGCCGGCCUGUUCGAAGGGGAAACUGUGCAUACUUUCCGUCGAUCAGCCGUUCAGCAUGCGGCGGUAAACCUGAAGUACAGUGUUAAGCACUUAAUGGAGUUAGGACGGUGGAAAGGUUAUGCCGCCUUCCGAUUAUACGCAAGUAGAGAAUUCUGUACCGAUCAGAGAGAUUCUGCAACUUGA